AAUAAUUUAUAUGUAUGCAAGCUUAAAAAAUUUCAGGGACAGGUUCAUGGCUGAUACGUGAAUUAAUGGCAUUGAAAUUUUCCUCUUUAUUGCACUUUUGUCCUUUCGCAAACUCCUUUUUCCUUUCUUUUCCAGUUGUUGUCGUUGAUGUGUUAACUGCGAAUUCAAACAAUCCUGUCGGCCCACACCGCAAAUUUCUCCACUUUCCGUAUAGAUGCAAAUCCCAACAGCCCCACACACGCACACACUCUCUCACCCACUCUUGUAUGUAUCCACGUUUUUGGAGUAAAAAUCUCGUACUACAACAAUGAAAACUCGGGCGUCUCUUUUCACCAACCGAAGCCCAGACUUCUUGAAUGCUACGCUGUGAUUCUUGACAAGUUUGAACGUUCAAACACCCCCGUCUUUGAACAGCAAUCGAGGAGUAAUUAAUUGAUCCAAAGCAGAGGCCUCAAUAUGAAAAAAUGUCUCUUAGCAAUUUCCCAGGAUUCAGAUUUCAGACACUUCACCAAAUAAUGCUAUUACAAUGCUCACAGGUUAUGGUACUACUGUUUAUUGCAUGUUAACUAAUAUCAGUGAAACUGAUUAAAAGAAAGGGAAAAAAAGAUGAAAAUGCUGUGUAAGAGAAGUAGAAAGUGCAAAACCAUUUUGCCUUGAAUGUUUGUCUUUGUGAAGGCCCCACUUCCUCGUUUUCUCACUCUGUCGUAUCUAUUUUGCCCCACUUUCUCUCUCUCUCUCUCUCUAAUAAGCCAAUAUCUGUCCACUGUUGUUUGAUGGAGAGUCGUGUGGGAAUAUGUAUGUAUCCCCCCUCCAUUAACAUCAAGUCUCAUUCAAAAACAACUAGCCCCACUUUAACUUCUCUCAUCUCCUCUUCUCCUUUCUUUCUCAUCAUAAUGAAUCGUCUUCUUGCUCCUCUUUCCAAGGCUCAAAUGUGUAAGAAAGAUAAGUAGAAAAGAAAGCAUACUGCCAAAGACAACCCUUUUCACAUUUGGAGGGAUUCUGUCCUGUAUAGCCAGAAAUCUUUUAGAUGAGUGAGGAAAUAAAAACAUCUCCCAAGGGCUAUUACAAGAUGCCCCACUUGGAUUUGUUUAGGAAACUCAAGUUCUUGAAGCCUCUGGAGCCAACAUUUGGUCUUCUUGGCUGCUUCUUUUUCUGCCUCUGCUUAAUCCUUUGCCUGUUUUUGUUGGAUUACAGAAUCGUCAAUGGUUUACAUGGGCAGUCCUGGUUAAAGACUUGGUUUAAGUUGAAUGGUUCUUCUCUUGAACCAGAGAAGGUGGGGUUUCUUGAAACAGGUGGUGGAGGGUGUGAUAUAUUCAAUGGGAAUUGGGAGUGGGAUGAGAGCUAUCCACUCUACCAACCACAAGACUGCAUGUUCUUGGAUGAGGGUUUCCGGUGUACUGAGAAUGGUAGGCCGGAUGACUUCUAUACCAAGUGGCGCUGGCAGCCCAAAGAUUGCAACUUGCCCAGAUUUGAUGCAAAAGUUAUGUUGGAGAAGCUGCGAGACCAACGGCUCGUGUUUGUAGGAGAUUCUAUUGGUAGAAACCAAUGGGAAUCCCUUCUUUGCAUGCUGUCUUCAGCUAUUGCUAACAAGACUUCGAUAUAUGAAGUGAAUGGGAGCCCAAUUACAAAGCAUAUAGGUUCUUUAGUUUUUAAAUUUGCGGACUUUAACUGCACUGUCGAGUACUAUAGAGCUCCAUUUUUAGUGUUACAGAGCCGGGCUCCGGCUGGGGCACCUGAAAAUGUGAAAAUGACAUUGAAGCUGGAUAAAAUGGAUUGGAGCUCUAUGCAAUGGAAGGGUGCAGAUUUGCUGGUUUUUAACACAGGCCACUGGUGGAAUUAUGAGAAGACCAUCAGAGGGGGGUGUUACUUCCAAGAAGGGACAGAUAUAAAGAUGGAGAUGAGUGUAGAAAAUGCCUUCCAAAGGUCAAUUAAGACGUUGAUGGACUGGAUCAGUCGCGAAGUAAAUCUGUCGAAGACCCAUUUAAUCUUCCGAACCUAUGCUCCAGUUCAUUUCCGAGGUGGGGACUGGAAGACUGGUGGUAGCUGUCACUUGGAGACAGUACCCGACUUGAGUACAUCUCCGGUGCCAUCUGACACAUAUCUCGAAUUCAAAACUGUAAUAAACGUCUUAUCAAAACAUCCAACGAUGAGGAAUAUAGAUCUAUUGAAUGUGACUAGUAUGACUUCUCAGAGAAAAGAUGGUCACUCUUCUUUGUAUUAUUUACGGCCUCCAACCGGACCAGCUCCUCUCCACCGUCAGGACUGCAGUCAUUGGUGCCUGCCCGGAGUCCCUGAUUCGUGGAACGAACUUCUCUAUGCUCUUUUUCUCAAACGAGGGAUAUCUCGUGGGUGACAUUCGACAAAACCUUCUCAUUCACCAGCUAGCAGCCACAUGAGUAUGUUACUUUAUGGUACUUGAAGGCUUAUUGUUUGCUAAGUUGGUGGAUAAUUGGACGAAAGUUUCUUCUCAAGAGGAUGAAGAGUAUUGCAACUGCUUCAAGAAAACGGCCUGCAUAGAAUUGAGUGAUGAAACACUGAGGCUUAACUGUGCCAUACCUAUAUUUGAACAAAGGAAACAUGAAAUUUCUACUGUUUUAUUACUCAACUCAUCUACAUAAAAGAGCAGCACACAGCAGUCGUUGACGUCUCUCUCCUUGAUUCCUACAGUUGAGACUCGGGGCGUGCAUAUAAGAAUACUAAAAGAGGAUCUCUGCAAAAUGAGAAUUGAGAUCAUUUGUUUCAGGUCAAUUGAAAUUCUUGUAGUUGGAUAAUUGACGCACACUCAUUAUCUGAUGGCCAGAAAAUGCACACAUGUAGAACAUAGGUUUGUUUUUCUAGCGUUUUGUGGGUCGCUACUCGCAGACGUUUUUACUUGUACAUAUUCUGAAAAUUGUACUCAAUACUUCUGCAGAAAUUCUGCAAUGGAAGUGUCGUCCUGUUAUACCGGAGCUGAUUUAUGGUCAUUAUACCUUAGGA